UGCGUUGCGCGUUCCGUUUUAUGCAGCACACUCCGAAAAUCUCAUUGAUUGCCUCACCAACACUCGUCCACUGGCAGCGAUUAUGAUAUUUGCCGCUGGUCUUUUUCUCUCGUGGUUGUUGUGGCAAGUGACUCACGGGAUGGUUGCCAAACCCAACACAAGCACCACAACCACAACCACACUCACAUCCACAUCCACGAGCGACGACAGGUUGCAGUCAAAGAAUGUAUGCAAAGUUGACAGCUCCAGCGAUCGCAAAUUAUUGUUAUGGCCGAUGGAGCUUUGUUGCUGGCAUUGCGAAAGAUCAACAACGGCUAUUGCUCAAUAGCCGACAACGUAGAAGGCGAGCCAAGACGUUAUCGCCCCAAUGUCUGUGACAUUCCACGCCAAGUCCAACCACACACACUCGCUAACUGCGACCCGUAUCCGAAGCUUGACUCCGCGGCGACUUUGCAUGCCAAUAAGGCUAACCGGGUUGCAUGCGACCUUUCUGUUUAUGUAAACUGCCGUACAAAAUGGCGCAUUUGUUGCUACUUACUAUGCAGAAUGUCGACCCACUGCAUGGCCGACGAUCAGAGUUCCAUCAAGGGCAGCAGGAGUAUGUUUGGAGCACUUUCGGAACUGUUUGGUUCCAAUACACUGCCGAUAUGAUGAUAUUGUGUGUGCUCGGGAAGUGUUUGGCACAUUACUGCCUGGCAACCGGAUUGAUAAGCCAGUUCCCUUGGACGAUAAGAUUCCUGUAAGCGGUCGUUAGGGAAGUGGGCACUAACAGAUAAUGCCCGACAUUUGAAGAUCUGUUCGGGCGGUUUAAGCGGGGCCCUAACUCAGGUUCGCCACUUAAGCUGUCAGCCUAACUUGAGCACCGAUCAUGUAAGCCACACUAUGGAGUUGGCAUCCGAAAAAAGGGGAGUCCACAGGUAAAUAACUCAGGCAGCUCUGCGUUAUUGAGGGCCUAUUAACUAGCACGACAGAUUGAGCGAUUGAAAACCCAUCCACGUCCCUCGGUCCGAGGAAAACAAAAAGUUCAAAGGGGCUAUCAACCGCGCUGAUGCGAAACCCGAUGCUGUGGGUACUAGGCAGGGAAUCGUGCGAGGGACGUUUCGAAACGGCGGAUUAAUUGGAAACUCUUGACUAUACUGAUAAACGCUGAGCAAACACGCUGGGGGUUCAAUAACACGACUCCGGCGGGGGUAUUUGCGAUCUUCCGGUCUUUCUGCCAACUCAGGAAUUCAAAUAGGGGCUCGAUAAGCCAGUCUAAAUAAGAGGAUGAGGAUCCAAGAAUUGCAAAACGAAAACAAAGUAUAGUAGCACCUUUAGCAUCCAUCCACUCAUCGGACUACCCGGGCCUUUCUCCGUCGUUAAUUGCUGGGGUAAACGAAAUGCAGGCCCAUGGGCGAAGUGAACCUAAAGUACUUAAGUGAUAAUUAAAUUGUUUUGGCGACAGCGCAUACUUAUAAAUAGACGGUAGGAGGGGGACUUUGCAUAUGCAUCUGCCUACACUCGGACAAAUUUAGAACGAAAACAAUUGGAACUUAUUCUCUUUGUUUUCAGUUAGCUUCUUUCCUUAAGAACGCUUUGUUCUCAUACGUUCUUAUUGUAUAGGUGUUUUUAUACACAAUAGUUAGCUCAGUUUCGGAAAUCAUUCACAAAUAUAACCUAUUACAUGUAAUUAAAUAAUAUUUUUAUUAAAUGUUUCAUGUUUAUUCUCAAUGUUUUCAGUUACCUACAUACAUCCAUUGGUGUGUCCAUAUAUACAUAACCAUUUUCAUAGUGUUCUUAACAGUUCUUAAAUAUAACACAUAAAUAUAAGAUUAUUAAGAUUGAAUGUUUUUCUUUGUGUACUAGCCCCUCCUCGUUCCAAUCUCAUCAGUUCUUGCCAUGUUAUUGUCGAAGUGAUCAAAACAAUAAAGCCUGUUUCUGAACCUCCGCCCCCCAGAGAGUCUAUGUCGAUAGUAAUGAUACGCAGAUACGAAGCUGGAGCGGAUCGGAACGAACAGCUGGAGGGUUGGUGCAUCUUCUAUCUGGGCGUCGAGUGGCUUCUUUGUCUCGACGAUUAAGUUUGCACUUUGUCUCGCAGGCACGCACAAAGCUGCUACGUAGUAAACAAGAGAUCCCGAUUCCUCGCCAGCGCAAUCUGCGCCAGCUCCAUCCAGCGGUAAUCAGCAAUCGUAGCUGACCGCUCCGGCUGCUUAUC